CUACAACAGAAGACCAGAAGACUGCAACACGAGCUGUGAGCAGCAGGCCCGAGACUUAAUCCCCUGGUCCAGGCGAGCAGGCUGAGCUGAGGUCAGUGGCUAGGCCUCAGCACUUGAUGGGGGUAGCUGCAACAAGUUUGGUCCCAGCGCGGGACCCAGCUGUGCUGGCCGGAGCUGCAUCAGCGAUGUUGGCCCAGUGUGAGCACACGGAGGUGCUGGGUUAGUGGAGGCGAGUUGGCGAGGAGAGUGACAGCUCUUUGUCCCCGGGGAGGCAGCGGCCAAGCACACAGUUUCUGCAGCGUUUAGCAGCAUAGAGUCGAGGCAUCAGGGUGGAGGAGCCUGGAUCCAGGCCUAUGGCUGAGCUGGAAGCAGGAGAUGAAAAGGCCGCCUUACUUUAUUGAGAUGAGACUAUAAGAUGAACUUUAUUGUUUUACUUUUCUGGCAUUAUAUUCUGUUUUUCAGUUUAUUUUCGGUGUUUUAAGAUGGUGCUGGAUAGUGGCAACUUCUCACUGUAUUUGCAAUAAAUUCACACGACAACAAAUUAAAACGAACACGUAACUCACCUCCUGAUGCCUCAAAGCCUUUCCACCAUCUACAUGGCACAAGUCAGCAGCGUGAUGGAAUACUCCCCACUUGCCUGGAUGACUACAGCUCCAACAACACUCAGGAAGCUUGACACCAGCCAGGACAAAGCAGCCCAUUUAAUUGGCACUGCCUUCACAAGCAUCCAUUCCCUCCACCUCUGAUGCUUAGUAGCUGCAGUAAGUACCAUUGACAAGAUGCACAACAGAUGAUCAGCAUGGAGCCUUAGACAGCAAACCCUCAACCAAUUCCAUCUAGAAAGAAGAGGGCAACAGAUACAUGGGAACACCACCAGCUGCAAGUUUCCUCCAAGUCACUUGCCUUCUUGAAAUGGAAAUACAUCUCUGUUCAUUCAUUGUGUCAAAAUCCUGGAAUUCCCUUCCUAAGGGCAUUACGGGCCUACCAUGGACUCCAGAGGUUCAGAGAAGGCAGCACACCACCAUCAUCUGAAGGGAAAUUAGGGAUGGGCAAUUGAUGUUGACCCAUCACGGGAUGAGGGCGUCGCUGAUCAGGGCAGCAUUUAUGGCCCAUCACUAAUUGCCCAGAGGGCAGUUAAGAGUCAACCACAUUGCUGUGGAUCUGGAGUCACAUGUAAGCCAGACCAGGGAAAUGUGAAGGGAUCAGGAGGCGGAUCCGAGAUUCCAUUCGCCCUGAUCCUAGAACCGCAGCAGCCGAGCUGCCGGAGAACAGAGUAGGGGAGCCGCUGGCACCGGAGCCGCUCCCGGGCGGAUCCUCACGCUGAUGGGAACCAAACACUCGACCCGCUGUCUCCUCCGCCGGGCGGCUAGAAUCACCGAGAACGACAGCCCCGAGGUCUCCAGUGAACACGCUGAGCCUCUGCCAGUCACACAGCCAGUUCAAACCACACAGCAGACACAGACGCCAAUACAGGCAACGGUACAGGCACCAGUGCAGACCCUAUCGCAAACUCAGACAAGUUGCCUGGGGAGAGGUAAAAUGGCAAAAUAUUUGACACCAGAUGAAAUGACAUCUAAAGAUUACUACUUUGAUUCCUACGCUCAUUUUGGCAUUCAUGAGGAAAUGUUAAAGGAUGAAAUUCGAACAUUAACGUACAGGAAUUCUGUUUACCACAACAAGCAUGUGUUUAAAGAUAAGAUUGUGCUGGAUGUGGGAAGUGGAACUGGGAUUUUAGCUAUGUUUGCAGCCAGAGCUGGAGCCAGGAAAGUGUUUGGGAUUGAAUGCUCCAGCAUUUGUGAUUACUCUGAGAAGAUCAUCAAGGCAAACCACUUGGAUGAUAUAAUCACAAUAUUUAAUGGUAAAGUGGAGGAAGUUGAACUGCCCGUGGAUAAAGUUGACAUUAUAAUCAGUGAAUGGAUGGGCUACAGCCUCUUCUAUGAAUCAAUGCUUAACACAGUUAUUUUUGCAAGGGAUAAGUGGCUGAAACCUGGAGGACUGAUGUUCCCUGAUCGUGCCACACUUUACAUUGUUGCCAUCGAAGAUCGACAGUAUAAGGACUUCAAAAUCCACUGGUGGGAGAACGUUUAUGGUUUUGACAUGACGUGCAUCAGGAACGUUGCCAUAAAGGAACCUCUGGUAGAUAUUGUGGAUCCUAAACAAGUUGUGACCAAUGCUUGUCUCAUCAAGGAGGUGGAUAUCUACAAUGUGAAGACCGAGGACCUGUCGUUCACCUCCACAUUCUGUCUUCAAGUUCAGCGAAACGAAUAUGUUCACGCUUUGGUCACAUACUUUAACAUUGAGUUUACAAAGUGUCACAAGAAAACUGGGUUUUCUACAGGUCCUGAUGCUCCAUAUACACAUUGGAAACAGACGGUGUUUUACUUGGAAGACUACCUGACUGUGAAACGGGGAGAGGAGAUCUGUGGAACCAUCGCAAUGAAUCCCAACGCAAAAAACAAUCGUGAUCUGGAUUUCAGUCUGCGGCUGGACUUCAGGGGCCAACUGUGUGAAGCAUCUCUCUCUCAUGAUUACAGAAUGCGUUAAGUGCACUCUCCAUCAGAACUAUUGUAUCUCAGAUCUUAACACAUUGGAAGUGAUUCUAGAAUUAUGAACAUCAAAGACAUGAAACCCUGCAGCUAAUACACCUUCCUUCAACACAAGAACAUGCUGCUAGAGUAAUAAGAAAGUCAGUUCUGCCAUUUGGCUUCAAAAUGGUACUUUUCACUUAAACCAGUACCAUAGACGGUUGCAGGGACGAUGAAUUCCAGCAAAUGGAUGUCAAAACUGUUGCUUUAAAGUGUUUGUUCCAAGAGCCUGGGCCCCGAAGCAGGAGGAAGCUCAGAAUGUAUGACAAGAUUAAAUGGGAUACUAACGGCUGCUUCACAACUGCUUGUAAGAAAUGCUUGAAUUAUUUUUUGCCUGAACAAAAAUUCUGCUGAAACUAGCAAAAGAUAUCUCCCUGCACUGUGCCCCUGUAGAAAUUCAGUUCAAAAACAAGUACAUUUUCUUUAGUCCCAGCUGCUGAAGAAAUGGUCUUGCAUGCAUUCAUGUUUUGAUGCAUUGCUGAAUUGGCCUGUUCAGGGAUGUUACUACAUACCUCUGGAGCAAGUGUGACUUGAACCCAGGUCUCCUGGCUCAGAGGUAGGGAUGCUACCACUAUACCACAACAGCCCUGCUUUGAUUGAUGUAUUAAACUUGGGUGGUUAAUCUGGAUCACAUCAUUCCAAACCUCUCAAUGCUAGCUUAACUUUUGAAUAUUAAAGGACAAAAUGUUUACCUGAAGUAUUUGUCAGAAGGUUCUUCUCGUGCAUAAUUCACAUGAUGAAUGUAAAUUACUUGGUAACUGAUUAACUGCGAGUUGCAAAAAUAGAAUUUAAUUAGCUUUCCAUUUUCACAUUUUUGUAAUUGAACACAGUGUAGUUACAAGUCUUUGACUGGAACUGGUAUCAAACAAAAAUAAGAAAAUGUGGUUUGUGUUGCUGUGAUCAAGUAUUGAGCCCCGGAUGGCAUUUUGUCACAAGCUAGUGACGACAACAUGUGGCUAAAGUGAAAAAUGUUCCAAAAAGAUAAGCUCUCUCAUUUAAUGCUUGUUCUUUUACUACAAUAAUGAUUAAAUCAUUUGUAAUUUGUUUCUUUUGGUCUUGU